CAUGCUGCUGGACUGUACACAACUGUAGCAACACUGCCAAAUGCCUGACGUCACCUUCCACAUCCAUGGACAGAAAUUCACCCUCCCAGCCUCUGCCUACAUCCGUCAGUACCAUUAGGAGAGUAACUUGAAUACUGCAGCCUCUCAGUGAACAGCAGAAGGCUGUUCAUGUUCUUGACCGUAUCAGUCCUUUGUUCACUUCUGCACUGUCAAACCUGAGGUAAGAAGGAACCUGAGGAAGGCUGGCAAGCUCCCCAGUGGGAUUUUGAGAUGACAAUGUCUGCAGAAAAAGGCAGAAAGAAAAGAGAAGUCACGAGCUACAGUGACUGGAUGUCACAACUGCCAGCUGAGCUUCACAGCAUUCCUCUAUAUAACCUGGCCAUACCAGGUAGCCACGACUCAAUGAGUUAUGACUUGGACAUCAACUCCUCUAUAGUCGAGCCUGAUAGACUGAAAAGACUCAGCAGGAUUUACUGCGUGCGUAAAAUAGUGCGCAAAUGGGCGAUCACUCAGGAGGAGACCAUCACGAAGCAACUGGAUGCAGGAGUCCGCUACUUUGACCUGAGGAUUGCUCGCAAGCCAAAUGACACCAACCCCACGAGGCUUUACUUUUACCAUGGGCUGUACACACGGACUGAUGUGGAGACCGUUCUCAAGGUCAUAAAUGACUGGGCGGAGAGGCACCCCAAGGAGAUCCUCAUCCUGGCUUUAUCCAACUUCAAAGGGUUUGACAAAAAGAUUGCAGUACAACUCCACAGCCACCUUAUCAACUACAUCAAGACAUUGUUUGGUGCCAAGCUCUUCCUAAAAUGGAACAUCCCUACCCUGCAGAGGUGCUGGAGCCAAGGCAAAAACAUCAUUGUUUCAUAUGGUUAUCCGCCAGCUCAGCACGGGGAGUUAUGGAGCAACAUACCUUAUUUGUAUGGCAAAAGCAUGGACCCGUCAGAAGUUGAAUCCAAACUUCGUCAGUAUUUGGAAAAUGCCGGGUCUGUUCACAGUUUCUUUGUCUGUGGCUUGAACCUGACGCUGCCAGAGGACGUCAGGAUCCUUAAGUACGUCCUUCGCCUUUGUGACAACCUUGCCAACGUCAUCCAGAGGAGUCUGCCAAGGCUGCUGCAGUGGGUCAAAGAGCAAGCUGGCAAAACAUCCAUGAACAUUAUCGCCUCAGACUUGGUGACUCGUGAUGGCUUUGUCUCAAUGGUUGUCAAGCUCAAUAUUUCAAAACCUGUGAAAUCAUAGUGGAAACAAGUCUCAUUUCAUUUUAUCUCUGUCUUUCUUUUUUUAAUCAUUUUUUUAUAAUUCUCUGUUCACUGUUUUGACUUUAUAACCAACUUACUGUCUUGCUCUCUCACAGCCAACGAUUUAUUAAAAAAGGAACUGUCAUACUGUA